AUGCCGCGCUGUAAGUAUUCCAACGUUCGUGCAUUUUGCCAACCGAAUCGCCUCGUUCCCUUCCUCCCUUCGCACCCGCAGUGGUUUCUCUCGGGCAGAAUAAAGGCGCCGCAGCAGGAGGCUCGGCCGGGCCCCGAGCCGGAGCGUCCGGUUGACGUGUUGCUCCUUUCAACACCCGCUCCACCCGCAGUAGAAGCACCAGAAGCAGCAGCAGCAGCAGGUGAGGCAGCAGGGGGAGGGGAAGGCGCCAGCGCCGCCCCUCCUCCAGCCAGCACCGCUCCCCAGGUGCGCCUGCUGCUCUCCUUCCCCGCCUGGCAGGGCUGCCUGCAGGGCGAGGGGUGCGCAGCGGUGCAGAGCGGUAGCCAAUGCAGGGAGGGGGAUGGGGGUGAAAGGGAUGGGGACGCGGGGCAGGGGAGCGAGGAGGGCAGGGAGGCAGGAGGGUUAGGAGGAGAGGGGCAGAGGGGUUUAUCAGAGGGGGCGUGGGGUUUGGCGGAUCCUAGUUUGGAUGGUGCGUGCUGCUCGCUCUCCCUCAUUCCCCACCGGCCCAGUGCUGCUGAUGUCACUCCAGGAGAAGACAGGGAACAAGGAGAGCAGGGGAAGCAUGGGGAGCAGGGGGAGGAGGAGGAGGAGGAGGAGGAGGAGCAGGGCGAGCAGGCGGGCAGGCAGGCGUGGAUGCUCGUAUCUGUGUCACACAAUGGGCUGCUCUGCUUGCGAGAGGUGGCGCUGGUGCCUAAGGGGGGUAGAGGGGAACCUGAGAGGGUGGGGGGGGAGAGGGGGAGUGGGAGGGAUGAAGAGUUGGAGGAAGGGGAGGAGUUGGAGGAAGGGGAGGAGGUGAGUGAGGGAGAGGAGGAGGGGGAAGAGGGGCAAGAUGAGGGUGCGGAAUGGGCGGCAGAGCAGCGGCUGGUGCGGCGGUUUGUGGCGAUUGCACCGCGCAAGCCGUCGAAAAAGAAGAGGAAGCUGCAGGGCGGUGCCACCGUGGCUGUUGGCGGGCAGCUCCUCCAAAGGCCCCCCUCCCGAGCCCAUAUGCCGCUCCCAAGCCCAUACGGUGUGGUGGCGCCGAAGCACGUGACAGCGGUGUGCCACGUCAGCGCAUGCCACCCGGCACGCCUCGUCACCGCCUGCCAGGACAACUCGCUGCGAAUCUUCGACCUCCUCUUGCAGCCGCGCCCCCUCAGAGUCGUCUCUCUCGGCUCUGUGCCGAUUCGAUCACUCGCUGCUGUGUGGAGCAAGGGUGGUGGGGAGGAGUGCAGUGCGGUGACAGUCGGAACGGGCAUGGGGGAGAUGAAGCUGGUGGAUCUGACCCACGGUCGCAUCGCUGGAGUAUUCAAGGGCGAGUGUGCGGGCUCCAUUCGUUCACUCACCAUGCACCCAUCGCUGCCUCUUGUAGCCUCAUGCGGCCUUGACCGCUACCUGCGCAUACACCACCUACACUCUCGCCGCCUUGUUGCCAAGGUGUUUCUGAAGCAGCCACUCAACUUCCUUUGCUUCCUGCCAGAAGGGGCGGCCACUGGGGCAGUUGCAUCAGGGUCCACAGUCUCCAAGCGCAAGCUCACAGAUGUGACUAUAGCGGGCGGAGAUACAGAAGUAGCAGUGGAAGCACCAGCAGGGGCAGCAAGGGCAGCAGCAACGGGAAGAUCCCAGUCCGCACCAGCACAGGGUGGGGAGAGUAAGGUUGUGGCGACUCGCAGCAGUGCACCAGGCAGGGGGUUUGGAAGGGCACCCAGCGAGGCUGGGAGGAAGGUGAUGAACGGUGCUGGUGGUAGCAAGCGCAGCAAGCAGGCAGCUUGA